GCCGAGUGACGCAAAGGCGAGCAGACCUCAUGUCUGGCGAUUUAGUCCACUUUUGAAAGAAAACAAAUUUCUUCAAAAGUGUGGGGUCUCCUCACUGAUUCUUGUCGACUUCAUAAUCUUUCAGUUCCUUUUCACCUUCUUUUGUUAUUACCGUCAAUUUCCCUGCGGAAGUUGGCGGUAAUUUCGAACAACACAUCGAAUCUUCUGUGGAGUCGACGGCCAUUUUCAACUUAACUUAUUUAUUAUUCGUCCGAUUCGACACCAUUCUACACUCGAUCGCCACUUCUAUCCGUCUUUUUAAACCAUCUUCUUUCGAUAUUUCGCUUCUUCAAGUUCUGAGAUCGUCGCGAUGGCUCAGAAAACGCCAGUCAGCCUGAUGAACGAACUUGCGAAAGCGAACAAGAUGAAUCCUGAAUACAAAGUCAUCGAAGAGAGCGGACCAGCUCACAAGCGAACCUUCACUGUUCAACUAACCCUGGGUGAAGUAGGCACAUGGCAAGGCAAAGCAACAAGCAUUAGAAGUGCCAGGCAUGCUGCAGCCACCGCGGGUUUGGAGAACUGUGGGCUUUGUAUGCCAGAAAAAGAAAAGCCUAAAAUUCAACAAUUCAACGUGACUCCAACUGUAGAAUUAAACGUGCUGGCAAUGAAGCUAGGCAAGCUGACACAGUAUCAAGACCUGCAGCCUAAGAUCCCAUCGUACCACCAACCACAUGUCAAUAUGGGCUACCAUGGUCUUCAGAUGCAACAACAGCUUACGGGAAUGCACCACCACAUGCCCCGUCCACGCUCCCCUUAUGGCAUCCCCCAUCCAGGGCAGGAGAAUCAUUUUCGCCCUUACAUCCAAAAUGGCUACCGGCCCCGUUCUGCACUUCCUCGCAUACCCAGGAUCGCCUGUGUGAAGCUAAUGGUAGGAGAUAGGGAGUUCUAUGGCGAGGGCCCUGACAAGCAAAAAGCGCGGCAAAAUGCGGCAGAAAAAGCAAUCAAGAUCAUGCGUGAGGAGCUGGCUGCUUCUGGACAAAAGGAGAGUUCUAGCAAUCUGGAGGAACAGAAAGUGUUUGUUCAGAACGCUGAAGCCACUGUUAAUGGUAACAAACCAGACAUUACACCCAAUGAAAGUGUCACUGAGGUAAAAUCUGAGAUCAGUCAAGUGUAUGAGAUAGCCUCCAAACGGAAGCUGCAAGUUGGAUUUGAAGAUGUGAAGAGCAGUGGUCCCCCUCACAUGAAGCGUUUUGUGAUAAGUGUCACAGUGGGUGAGUUUAUGACCGUGGGCGAAGGUUCUAAGAAGAAAGACGCCAAGCUAGAAGCGGCAAAGAAAAUGCUUGAAGAGCUACAGAAACUACCUGAGUUACCCAAAGAGGAGACCAGCUACAAGAACAGUGGCCGGUUUGUUCGUCGCGGGCCUCGUAUCUCGAACUGGAAAACAAAGGGAGAGAUAAAUCCCUCCCUGAAUCCAGUAAGUAUUCUUGGGCAGAUUCUACAGCGCAGACAUGAGCAACCACCCAUCUACCAAAUGCUUCAUGAGAAGGCUAUGGCACAUGACAGAGAAUUCACCAUAGAGGUGACUGUCGGGCAGCACAAGGCUACGGGAGCUGGUCCGAACAAGAAGGAGGCCAAGAAGAAAGCUGCUGAAGCUAUGUUACAGCUGAUUGGAUUUCGCUCUGCUGACGGACAGCCAGCUGCAAAUAUCUCGCAGGCUUCUACCUGGGGUUGA